UGCAGUGUGGCGCUUGCAGGUUUAGUUACCUUUUUGCAUGCUUGUCUUGAAAUGAAGGCCAUGGUACUGGGGAGAUAUCACAUCGUCCUCUACUUCCUCGUCUUAGCAAUGCAGCCAAGAAUGUUGAUGACGGUGGAUGAGAAUUUGAAGCCUCUAUCCGUUCCUGUACGGGUCGGACAGGCUGUAGAUGUGGUUGGCCAAGCUGGUCGACCCAAAACCAUAACAGGUUUCCAGACCCAUUCAACGCCGGUUCUAUUGGCUGCUGGCGACAGAGCUGAGCUAGCGAUGGAGAAGUACAUUCCACUGUCGCCAAUUUUGGAAGGAUUUGUGAUCCUGAAGGAGAACCCGGAUUACCAAGAGGACAGUUAAAGCUAGAAAUUUUGAGGGUUCGUGCACACUGUUUGGUUUGAAUUUUCUCUUAUGCUACAUUACAUGAGUAAAGAGUAUCAAUGUCCGAAGUAUUUUCAAUUAGAACGUGGAAUUGGAAUGUGGAAUAAGUACUGAUCCUAACAUUGAAAUAUUAGAUUGUGAUACUAACCUUCGU